UGGGUAGUGUCCGGAAUGUAUGUGGGGAACUCCUGGACCAAGAGGGACAGGACGGUGUCAAGACAUUGUGGAAUCCUUCCAAAAGCUAGUUCGAGAUCUGAGCAAAAUAAAGUUCACGUGAGAUUGCGUGAUGAGGUAGGCGCUGGACGUAAACGUGGCGGCGGCUGGGAAGUUGGCGGCACAGUCAUCAUGAACAGGAAUGUGGCGGCAGUGGGAGAUACUUGGCCUGACAAACUUGACAUGUCUCUCGAUGAUAUAAUUAAAUUGAAUAAACAACAGCGGAAUGUAAAGAAACCUCUGCCACUGAAGGGAAAACGGGCAUUAAAUGGAUCUCUCCAAUUCAAAAUGCAACAGAAGAGAUCAAGCAGUUGGAGUGGAAUGCCACAACGAUUUGGAACAGCUGUAAAUAAACCGGUACCUGUGGGAAAGAGGAGAAGUUCUGGUCCAUGGCGGAGACGGUUUCAUGGUAUAAUAACUGGCCUGGCAGCAAAGAAGGCUUUAAUGCUACGGAAGUGGAUCAACCCACUAAAUAGGGUGGCACCAAGUCGGAAGCAGGCUGGACAGAGAUCAAGAGCUCCACUCCAGAGUACCACAUCAGUUCUGAGACAGAAUGAAGAACAAUGGAGAUGCAUGCCAACGCUGAAGCAUUCAGUCCAGCUGAAGAGCAGGAACCCAGUGCAAACCAAUUCUUACAGGACUCCAGUAAAGAUACAGCAAAACAAAGAGGUGCGACAAGCUACAUUUCUUUUCAGAAGAGGCUUAAAGGUGCAUAUGAAAACUGAACAAGGGAUGAAAGAAGCAGCUACUAAUAAAAGGACACGAGCGUGGCUAACCAAUUCUAGUGCUGCUACAUUUGACCAAGGUCGCAUUCCCGUUAGCAGUGGAGGAAUUUUGACUGUGUCCAUUCAGAACCCAUCUGCCAAAAAUACAGACUCUCAACAGUUCCGAAUCAGGCGUCCUCCUUUGGUGCCAUUUGCAGUAAAAAAGGAAAUCGAUGAGAAGAAAGAUCCACCGAAAGGAGUGCCUUUAGAAUUUGAUAUCAACAGUGUUGGAAGACCGACUGGCAUUACCUUGAAUGAACGAUUUGCUAUUCUCAAAGAGCGGAGAACAGCAGAUACACCAAAUAAAGGAGGACGUUUUGUGACUGUGGGUUAGAAUGAGCUAAAUGACAUUUCAUCUGACAGAAUUGUUGGGAAGCUGCACCAGGAACAAUGGAAUGAAUGAUUUGCUGUUACAAACUGACUACACGUAUAAGCAGAUCUGUUUGACUGUACUUUAAGGAUCAUUGUACAGUAACUAUAUGGAAGAACUACUGACAUUCCAAUUAUGUUUUAAAGUUUUGUUUUUGCCUGAGGAAUGGUAGUUGGAGAUGAUAUUGAACAAUCUGUUUAAAUUGUCUCAUUGAAAAGACUGAAGUUUGUUAAUUUCAAGGAACAAUUCAUUAGAUGAAGAGAAUAUCUAAGUCCAGCACAAACAAACUUAAAAUCCAGUAUUUUUGAAGACUUGUUGACGUUUCAAUCUAGAAACAUUUUUUUAUUCAAGUUUACUUGUUUCAAAGUUUUGUAAGGAGGAUUAUGUCCAUUGGCAUAAUGAUGCCUCAUCAAAAAGAAUCCAAAGGCAGUCCCUUUCCUUAAUUAGUGAUUGCAAAUAUUUUCCAUGCUUGUCAGUCCAACUCGCCAUAAAGCACCAUAAGAAUUCUCAAAGAUGACGACAAAACCUCGACUUAAAAUACAGCUUUGUAAUAAUACAGGACUCUGUUGAUUCCUUAACAUUGGAAUUAAUGUGAAAUUAUGCUCUAUAUGGUCUGGGAAAUUGAGAUGCCACGUUUGAAAAUUAAAGAUGGGAAAGCAUUUGAUUUCCUUGAAGGUGGCUAUGCAGCAACUAAUCAAGCACUAUUUUUGGGUAUUUUGUAUUAAAUCUCAUUAACAAAGAUCGGAACAUCUAAAUGAAGUUCUUAUACUGUUUAGAUGCUUGAACUUUCAUUUUUAAUAAUGAAUACAGUGUUUAAAAGAUUUAAUUUGUUUCCCUUGUCAAAUGGGAGGUGUAAUGACUUGGGACAUUUGAUCACAGCUCAUCUAUUUUGAAAAUAGACAAGCUGUUUUCAUUUGUCUGAAUCAUUUAGUAAUUUAAAGUCCUGUCAGAUGCUGUAUUACAUGAGGGACAUAAGCAUUGUUUUGCAUAUACAACUUGUACUGUUUUGCAUUAAAAAAAAAGUUGAAAAUC